AUGGAUCCCGCUUCCUCUGGCAUCCAGGAGCCAUUCGAUCUCAUCAGGCUAUCGCUCAGCGAGCGUGUCUUUGUGAAGCUUAGAGGAGACCGUGAGCUUACGGGAGUUCUGCACGCCUACGAUGGACAUAUGAAUUUGAUUCUGAGCGACGUAGAAGAGACGAUCGUGAUUGUAGAACACGCGGAUGGCGUGCCAGAAGGACAGGCAACUGUGAAUGUUGCAAAACGCAAGGUGGAUAUGCUAUUCGUGAGAGGAGACGGUGUCAUCCUGGUUUCUCCGCCGUCGCGGACUUGA